CUCUAGCUCCAGGAUAAUUUGCUAAAAAAUGUAAGCAAACGUUGGCUUUGUCCUCCGUGUCUUCUUAUACCUUGGCCUUGGAAGCUUUCAUUUGCAUCCUCCAUCCACUCCCACAAGGAGCUUAUUGUGUGUUGGACUCAAAGAGAGAGACCGACCUAAAGGGAGAGGCAGUGUGUGGCUCAGGAGACAGGAAACGUGGACCUUCCUUCUGCUGUGGGUUGGCCCAAUGAUGGAGGAAGAAGAAGAAUAUGAAAUAAUUCACCUGAACAAUCCUCUAGGAGAACUGUCCCAGGAUCCUACAGGUGAACCGUCAGACAGUAAGACUGCUUCCUUUGCAGAAGGAACACAUGAGACUGGUGCAGAGCGAAGAGAGAAAGACCAGAGGCCAAGUAGAUUGCGGCUCCUGCUGGUGGGAAAAACCGGAAGUGGGAAAAGUGCAACUGGAAACAGCAUCCUGGGCAGGAACGAGUUUGAGGCUAAGCUGAGCGCCACGCAGGUGACCCAGGCAGUACAGAGCGGGAGCCGUCAGUGGACCGGGAUGGAGCUUGAGGUGAUCGACACACCCGACAUUCUGUCCCCGUGUGUGCAGCCGGAGGCGGUGCGCAGGGCCCUGGCCGCCUGCGCCCCGGGGCCGCACGCGGUGCUGCUGGUGAUGCAGCUGGGCCGCUUCUGCGACGAGGACCUGAGGGUUGUGCGGCUCCUGCAGGAGGUCUUCGGGCAGAGAGUCCUGGCUCACACUGUGCUGGUGUUCACCCACGUGGAAGACCUGGAUGGCGACUCCCUGGGGGAGUACCUGCUAGAGACAGAAAACCAGGGCCUGGCCCGGCUGUACAUCGAGUGCUCGAAGCGCCACUGCGGCUUCAGCAACCGGGCAGCCGUCUCUGAGCGGGAGGCGCAGCUGCAGAAGCUCAUGGAUACGGUCGAGAUGAUCCUGUGGGAAAAUGACGGCUGCUGCUACAGCAACCUGGCUUCCCUGAAGGUCCAGCAAAGCCCUCUGCUUCUUUGAGACGCUCAGCAAGAUCUUUUACUCCAAGAAGCAGCAGCAGCAGCAGCAGCAGCAGCUACAGCUAGGCACCUGUAGCUCCGUGGUAGGGGCGCUGGACCUGUGCACUAGGGGUUGUGGGUUCAAACUCAGCCUGGGCCUGGUUACCAAAAGAAAGUAUACACAAUGGCCGGGCGUGAUGGCUUAUGCCUGUAAUCCUAGCA